CUCCCUCCCCCUCCUCCCCAACCUCCACCACCUACGGGGCGAACUUCUUUACCAAACACCGUUUGUAUCCGCCCACCUUGCAGACACUCCCGCUCUUUGUGUUUGCGAGCUUUGCACGGAACGGCUUGCUUGUUCGUCUUCACCACCUAAGGAGUGCGGGAGACCAAAGCCAAUUGGGGAACCAGUGCCAGGCCCUCCACUGCCACAAGCCGACGUUUGCAGCUGCUGCCACGGACUUGAACCCAUCUCUUUACACCCUUUUAUCCACGUACGACAAUCGACGAGAUCUCUCUGUCUCUGUCUCUAAGACACUCUUGAUUGACGUCGUCCAUUAGUUGACGGCCGGCAACAGAGGCCAACUAUCUUGUUGUCGUACCAGCGAACGAACGAUUACGAACGAACAUCUGCAUCUUUGUGCAAUCGUUUGUGGCUCGUGCCCCCCCCUCCCCCCCCCUCUCCUAACCUUCUCAACGCGUUUGGGUUGUUCUUGGCGAGACCACCACCAGCUAACCACCACCACCGCCAUCACCACCUCCUCCUUCACCACAUUUUGUUCUCUGCCCUCCUCAUCUACGCUCAGUUUGCUCCUUGACUGAACUGUGAGCAUCACUCGACAUGUUUGGGUCGUCGCCGCCACCGCCUUCGGCGUCUGCGGCCAACGCGUACGGGCCUGGUGCGGCGUCCUCGACCGGGUCGGCGGGGCUCGGGGUGGGUGGACCGACCGGCCCACAGGCCGGAAUGCCGUCUGCGGCCAGCACCCAUGUGUGCGACGCAGUGGCGAAUAACUCGAUGAACGAUCUGCAGACCUUCCUCCCGCUGGUCGACGUCAACGCGGCGUCGAGCGAGACCGGCUGCUCGCCGCUGCAAGUGGCUGCCUUCUACGACCGAACCAAGAUGCUCCCGCUCCUGCUGCAGGCCGGGGCACGGGUCGACAAGGCGCAUCCCAAGCUCGGGACGCCGCUGUACAUUGCAUGCAAGAAGGGCCACGAUAAGUUUGCGCGGUCACUGCUUGACGCCGGCGCGGAUCCCGACGCCAUCAACACCUCACAGGGCAUGGCGCCGCUGCAUGUGGCGUGCUCAAUCGGCGCGCUCGAGGUUGUGCGGGCUCUUGUCGUUGCCGGCGCCAACGUGUCGAUUACCGACACCAAGAACGGCGCGACGCCGCUGCACCGUGCGGUACAUGGCGGCCACCGCACGGUCGCGCUGUAUCUCAUUCGCGAAGUCGGCGCCGACAUCAACACCAUGACUUGCUCGGGGCGAACACCGCUGCUCCUUGCAGCACGCUCUGCGCAGGACAAGGUCAUCGAGGCCCUGGCUGCUGCCGGCGCGUUCAUCAAUCUCGCGGACGACCAGGGCCAAACGCCGCUGCACAUGGCGGCCAAGGGCUCGAAGAAGUCGACGCUCAAGCUCCUCCUCAAACUCGGCGCUGAGCCGGGCAUGACCGACCAUGCUGGCAAGACGCCGGCCGAUUUCGCGACACAAAAGUCGUGGCGGAAGCUUUUGCGCAAGGCCGCGGCCAAGGCUUCGGCGGGCGGCAGCUCGUCCGUGCCUUCCGGCCCAUCGUCUGCGCUCGCCUUUCGACGCAACCGAGCCACGUCGGGCGGUGCCGCAUCAUCGCUCAGCUCUUCACCGCCUACACAGUUUGGCAUGCGGCCGCCGGCGUCGCGUACGUCGCCUAUCUCAAUGCUGCCGGACCCGCCGUCGAGUCGGCCGAGCGGGCGCGGGCGAGCGUCGACGAGCGAGCGCAUCAACCGCCCGCCGACCAACUUUGGGCAUUUCUCGACCACGCCCGGGCAGACAUCGACACCUGUCGACAUUCCCGGCACAAGCUCGUCGCCGCCGCCGCCGACCUCGUCGUCGCUCCUGGCGCCGACUGACUACCCGGCAUCGGCCUCGCCGGGCUCGGCCAACGGCAUCAUGUCACCCAUUGAGCGGUUGCUCAAGUCGGCAGACUCGCCGUCGUCCGACCGAGCCGCCGCCGCCAGCAGCGGCGGCGGCAGCACCGGUGUCACAUCACCGUCGACGCUUACUGCGCUCCGCCGCGAGGCGCUUCGUCCACCGGCUUCGGCCGCCGGCGCAAGCUCGGGCUCAGGCUCCAGCAAGAGCAAGUCGAAGAAGGACAGCAGCAAGAGCGACCAGGCGGCGUAUGAAAAGGUUCACGGCUGGCUCAACUGCCGGCCGUCGGGAGGCAAGUGGGCCAAGCGGUGGUGUGUCCUCCGCGGCUCGAUCUUCUCGAUCUUUGAGUCUCGCGAGACCGACGACGGCUCGACCGCGCCGCGGCCAGUCAACUGCAUCCGCACUAUUGACACCGCCCACGCCCGAGUCGCCAUUGUCACCAACGCGCCCGACACCUCGCGCCACUGCUUUGCCGUCACCUCGCACACCACUCGGGAAAAGCUGUACUUUGCGGCCAUGUCCGAGAAGCGGCUGCGGACUUGGACGACGCUGCUCAUCCAGGCCGGAGGGCGAAAGCACGCGCAAGCGUCGGGCUCGGAGCGGGCCAAGGCGGCGGUGCUCGCUCCGCAAGCGCUCUCGAACCUUUCAGCGCUCAUGACUGGUGACGGAAUCAAGGGCGGAAAGGCCUUUGGCUCGUCGCACUACACCUCGUCAAUCCAUGAGGCUGUCAUCGACGGUGCACUCGAUGUGUUCAAGGCCUUUGUCACAACCAACCCGUCAGCGGUCAAGAAGCGGAACGCCAAGGGUGAGCUACCGCUGUAUCUCGCAGCCCGAUAUGGGCACGAAGCCAUGGUUGAUCUCAUGCUCUCGGGCAGCCUCAAGACCAAGGUCGAGGUCGACGCCUUUAACGGCCAGCUUGGCGAGCGGGGCACUGCGCUCCUUGCCGCUGCCUCCAAGGGCCACGACGACAUUGUGCGCAAGCUUCUGGCAGCCGGCGCCCAGCCGGAUCUCUAUCCACCGGGCGCGGUUGCCGACACGCCGACUAUCGGCGCCGCCAAGUCGGGCGCUUUUGCUGUCCUCGACCUGCUUCUCGAAGCUGGUGCCGACCCGCUCCUGCCGGACCGGUCGGGCAAGACGCCGAUGUACUGGGCGUCGCGCCGAUCGCACGAUGGCGCCGUCUCGCUCCUCCGCAAGCACGGGGCACUUGAGCUCAAGGUUACUCCGCCGCCAUUCCAGUCUCCCGCCGCGGUCAAGGCCGCCCGCGCUGAACGAGCGCGACACAAGAACACGACCAACGCAACGCGCAAACACGCUGCUGACGACUCCGUUCCCGAGCUCAACACCUCGAACCCCGAGGGUGGCGUCGGGAGCCCCAAGGCGUCCGGCUCGUCGGCCAUGGCCACACCCAGGCGCGCCAAGCUGCCACAGGCGGCACUUGACGUUCACGACAAGUCCGGGGCGACGUCGACAAAGUCGCUGGCAGCCACUGGAAGCGCGGCCGACUUUGGAGACGGCGACGGGACCGGAAGCGACGACGACUCGCUCGCGCCACGGCCUGUUGCCGGCACCGGAAAGGAGAUCGACGACGCCAACGAGCCGUCAUCGAUGCACAUUUCCGACUCGUCCUCGCGGUUGGAGACCGGGACCGAGCCGCCGCCACCGCUCCCGCCGCUCCCGCGUACCGCCUCGGAUGUGGCCGGAGACAUUCUCGCCCACGUCGAGCGCCGCGACUCGUUUGAGUCGGACGAGUCAGCGGGCAAGGCCCGCGCUGCCGCGGUCCGCGCAGGCGGCGUUGUGCUCUCAGACGAGCUCUCGGACGAGGAUGACGACGAUGAUGAUGACGCCGAGGUUGUGACCGACGACGACGAAGACGACGACGACGACGACGACAACGGCGACGAGACACUGGUGAGCUCACGGGCGCGACGUCUCGCACGCGCCGGGGAUGUUGAUGAGACUGGCUCGGCCACGGGAACUGAUAUUGAUCUCCUUGCGCAGCUCUCCACGCCUUCGCAGACGCCUGGACACUCCCGGACGGGAACGCGGACCGAGUCUGGAUCGGGCUCUGAAUCAGGCUCCGGCUCUGGCUCGGGCUCGAACUCGGACUCGGACUCUGAGCUCGAUUCUGAGACUGGCUCGGGCUCAUCCCUCUGCCGAUCGGGCUCGUCGCUCCUUCAACCGCACGAUCUUUUGGGCAUGUCGCAAGUCUCAAUUGCGGAACCACCACCGAUGCUCGAGGUGUCUGACACAGACGACGAUGGGUCGCGCUCGUCGACGCUGCUAGGCAUGGAACCGACUGCGCAGCCACCACUCGGCCUCUCGGCGUUUUCCGAGGGCGAGUCGACAGAUGCUGACUCGAUGAUUGCGUCGGUCCCGAAUCUGGUUACCGACGGCCUGACUGCCGAGUCGAUGACCGAGGGCUCUCCACGGGUGCUCACACCCAAGUCGACAGUGUUUGUAGCGUCGCCGGUGGAGCGAAGCGACGGGCGGCGGAUGCGGAGCUUGUUGGCGCAGCCGUUAGCUAGUCGGUCGACGAGCGCGCUGCCGUCGUCGCCAAGCGAGUCGUUCAUUCCGACCGCCCUCGACAGGCUUGCCGACAAGAUGCGCGGUGUGCUGCGGUCACGGGCCGAGGCUGAGGUUCUUCUUGCACCACGCAGCAAGCUCGCCAAGCUGACCGAGGCCGCACGCGCUUACUGCACCUCGGCUAGCCUUGACUCAUCGGUCUCGAUAUUUCUCACUCGGCUGGAAAAGGCUGUGGGCGAGAUGGAUGAGCUUGAAGCCGAGCUGGCAGCUUCGCUCGGCGGUGAAAGCCGCGAGGCACUUGGCUUGCCGGAGCGAACGAGUCCGAUGCGCGAGCUCAAGGGUAAGGAAGUGGUGGACGUGCUCGACUCGCCGCGGACCGGACCUCCAUUCGACCCACACAAACUGCGGCGGUACCGGGUGCUCCGCGGCGAGGUGGCGAGUUUGAUGGGCCGGCUGCAGCGGGAGCUCGGCGAGUGCGGCGAGUCCGAGGGGCCGGACGCGUUCAGCGCGGUGGCGCAGGCCCACACUGAGCUGGUCACCAUGCACUCGGAGCUUGUGGCCAACUCGAGCUCGGGCAUGGCGUCGCCGAGCUCGAUGACAGCAGUGUCGGCGAACGAGAUGCUUGACGCCCUGCUUGCGGCCGAGCGCGAGGCCGAGGCUGCGACAGCGCGACUGGCGCCUGCAUCGGCGCGGGUGGAAGCGCUGGUGGCGGAGCUGGGCGAAGCGUUGGAGGAGGAGGCGCAGAUUCUUGCGGCGUCCCAGGCGCGGCUGGACGUCAUGUUCAAGCACGCGGUCUCAGUCUCGUCGCGGUUUCUGCUCGACGACAAGCGGGCACGACUUGUGCGCGCGCGCGCCACCGUCGAUACGCUCGAAAGCAGACUAGUGUCUGCGGAUGAAGCCAAGGCCAAGGUUGAGGCACUGGUGAGCCAGGCCGAGGAGCUGAAGAAGACGAUGAAGGCCAAGGCGCUGCUGCUUAUCGACAUGAAGCGCGAGAUCAUCCAGCGCGAAGACGAGUGGGAUGUGGAAAUCGCUGCACGGGCGCAUGCUGAGCACGAUGCACUUGAACAGGAGCUGACAGACCUCAAGUCGCAACGUGGGCUGCUCAUUUCCGACAUUGCGCGCGAGGCUGCGCACUCGGGCAACCUCCAUGUCCUGCUCGAGGUACCAGAGCUUGCGUCGCCCGUUGCAGCGCAUCGGCGCGAGCGCCGGCGGCGGAAGAAGGAUGGCGGCAGCAGUGGCGGCAAGGCGGGCAACGCUGACGAUGAUCCGUUUGAAGUCAGCGACGACGAUAGCGGAGAGGGAGCAAAGCGGGCUUUUGACAAGUCGCACGAGUCGGACCGGGAGCUCGUGCUGCAGCUCCGCGCGUCGCUGCCUGGCGACAGCGGGGCAGCGGAAGCCGCUCCCGGUGGAGGCGACGGUGAGUCUGCCAUGCCACGACUGAACCCCGCAGAUGCGUUUGCGCAGUCGCGGGUCCUCCUCCCGCCCAACGGGGCGAGUCAAGUCUCCGGCUGCCGCCUGCUGCAGGCUGUGGAGAAAGAGUCGGGCGCACGGGUGGUGCUCAAGGUCCACCCAAGUCGCGAGUCUGCGGUGCACGAGCACCGGAUGCUGAGCUCGAUCACCUCGCCUUUGGUGGUCUCUACCCGCGGCCUCUACACUCACCAAGGCUACGCGUACGUGGUGAUGGACGAAGUGGUGGGUGUCGAUCUUGUGGACGUACUCGACGGUUCGCUCAAGGUGUGGGAGGUACAGAGCCUGUUCUUGCAGAUCUUGCAGGGUCUGGCGGUGCUCAACCGGGCCAAGCUCAUGCAUGGAGCGCUCGACCCGUGGCACAUCCGGCUCGAUGCGUCUGCGUCUCGACCGGUGCUUGUCUCUCUCCGGCACGCGGUGCCGAUUUCAGUGUUUGCUGCGGCGCCGCUCGGCGAGAACACGCGGUCACCGGCGUACGUGGGGCCCGAGGUGGAGAGCGGGCGGGUGGUGCCAGGCUCGGACGUGUACUCGGUCGGCAUCAUGUUGUACCAGGCAGUGACGGGUCGACUGCCGUCGAUGGCCCAGGUGCUGCACGGAGCGACCGGUGAUGAUGUCAAGGAUGUUAAGCUCAAGUCGCUCCUCAACGGCAUGCUGCAGCCAGACCCGGACAAGCGGGUCGGAGUGUUUGAGGCGCUCACCCACGAGUUCUUCUCGCACUCUGUGGCCGACACGCUCUUUGCUGACCGCAAGAUCCUCGAGUCCGAGCAGAAAAUCAACUUGCUGCGAAAGCACCUAGAGGCACUGCGGGCGCAGAACAAGCGCAACUUUGUGCGGCUCACAAUCUCGCGCGAAGACAUUGUAGUCUCUGUGGUGCGGGCGUUCUCGUCGCUGGCGCCGUCAGAAAUGCUCUGCCCGCUCAAAGUGCACUUUGAAGGCGAGGCCGGCGUAGACGCGGGCGGGCUCACGGGCGACAUGUACACCGAGUUCUUUAUGCACGUAUUUGAGCCACGGUACGCGCUCUUUGAGUGUGCAGAGGAUUCGGGCGAGGCAACAGGCCAGGCGUACCUACCGUCGGCCAAGGCCGAGUCGCCCAAGUCGCUGUACGCUCUCGAGGUCAUGGGCCGUGUCCUCUGCAAGGCGCUGCUCGACGCGCGGUCUGUGUACCUUCCAUUCCCGUCGUCGCUGUACAAGUACCUUCUCGGGCUCCCGGUCAACAUCCGCGAUCUCGAGGCUUACGACCGGACAGCAGCAGCCAACCUCCACAAGGUGCUCACCGAGCCGGACGUCUCGACAUGGUGCCUCUCGUUCCCCAACGAGGACGGCGACCUCAUCGACGUGACGGCCGGCAACGCGGCGCAGUACGUUGAGUGGCACGUGAACGACAAGCUCCUCAAGUGCCGCGAGAAGCAACUGGCGGCACUCAAGACCGGGUUCUUUGCGGUCGACUCGGUAUGCGACAUGCGGACGUUCCUCUCGGUCUUUAACGCGUCGGACCUCAUGCUCGCACUCGGUGGCGAGCCGACCAUCGACUCGCGGCUCAUUGUGCGCGCGUUGACAUUCCACCCCAAGUCGUGGAAGGUCUCGGGCCGGACGCCGCGGUACAUCAAGCGGUUCCUCUCGGAGCUCUCGCUCCACGGGCUGCGGCAGUUCUUGCGGCUCACGACCUCGCUCUUCACCGUCCCGUAUGGCGGCUUUAAGAAGAAGCGCAUCGUUAUCCAGCAGUCGAACCGGAUCUUUGGCCACUCGUGCUCGUUUGCUCUCGAGCUUCCCGAGUUUGACCGGUACGAGGACUUGCGCAAGUCGCUCCUGCAGGCGCUAGCCCAGGUCGAGGCUGCCGGGUUCUCUGAUCGGUAAAAAGUGAAGGUUGUUGUGCAGUGUA